AUGCUUGAAACCCCCAAGGUGGCCGUCGUGCCCGUCGAGUCCAUACUCAUAGCUCUAUCCCUCGCAGCCGUGGUAGCCCGACUGGCGGUCCGCCGGGUGCACCAGGGGCAAAGCCUUACCGUCUGCGACUGGCUUCUCGUGGCUUCCAUGCUCGACGCUAUCGCCCUCUUCACGACCGACAUGUUGGCCUACAAGCUAGGCGCCUUGGGGCCAUAUCCUACGACAGAGGCCGAGCAGAUCAGCUUGAAGAAGGUGACGUUUGCGGGCAACUACUUUUACGACACGGGCGUCUACUUCCCCAAGUUGGCGCUGUGUGCGCUGUACGUCAAGCUGAUCCCGCCCACGAUGCCGCAAUUGCGUAAGGCUAUGCACGCCACGAGUGUGUUGACGGUGACGUUUGCCCUCACUACGUGCUUUCUAGACACGUUCUGGUGUGGCACUCACCCUUCGGUGAACUGGAGCCUGGAAGACGGAGCCUGCAGCACCUACGAUUCCAAAGAGGUCUUCCGCAUCGACUGGAUCAUGAAUAUUGUGUCCGAUGUCAUCAUCUUCAGCCUUCCGUUCCCACUUCUCAAAGGACUUCAACUCAAACCGCGGUACAUUGUCGGUGUCGCCGCCAUCUUCUCUGCGGGCAUCGUUACAGUGGCUGCCAGUGUGAGCCGCUUCGCCACGGUCGAGGUGAUACACAACUGGCCCAACGUGUAUAUUCUGUCCAUGACCGAAAUGGCAGCAGCCAUCAUCGUGGUGUCGCUACCAGCCCUCAAGCCGCUUCUGCGCCGUCGCGGGGAGGGAUCGACAGGACAGUAUGGCACCGGAGCGAGCGUGCAAAGGGCGACCACGUCGAGCCACGUCAAGCUGUCCUCGGGAAGGGAUCCCUACGUCGCGACAGCGCACGUAAGUUCUGCGGAAGAUUCAGGCAGCGACGUGGAGCUGCGUACUGUCGGACGCAGCAACGUGAUCUACAAGACCGCCCAUGUGAGCGUAACAUACCAAACGCGCGAGGACACUAGGGAAGGCGACAGACAGCCCACGCCAAAUUGA